UGGAUGGUAUCGUUAUUCAAUAAUAAUCUCAAUGGCAUAUUAGCCGAUGAAAUGGGGCUGGGUAAGACUAUUCAGACAAUAGCUCUUGUCACGUAUCUCAUGGAAAAGAAGAAAGUUAAUGGGCCAUUUCUUAUUAUCGUUCCUCUAUCCACUCUCUCCAAUUGGAUACUCGAGUUUGAGAAAUGGGCUCCGAGCGUUGUCGUCGUUUCAUAUAAAGGUUCUCCAGCAGGAAGGAGAACCAUUCAAUCACAGAUGCGUGCCACAAAGUUCAAUGUCUUGUUGACAACCUAUGAGUAUAUAAUAAAAGAUAAGAGUGUCUUGGCAAAACUGCAGUGGAAGUACAUGAUUAUUGACGAAGGACAUAGAAUGAAGAAUCAUCAUUGUAAAUUAACUCAGGUCUUGAAUACGCAUUAUUUAGCGCCUCAUCGCCUACUGCUCACGGGUACACCGUUGCAAAAUAAAUUGCCAGAGCUCUGG